AUGUCUUCCGGCUGUGAUACUGUGAAGAGCAACAUGUCUUCCGGUAUUUUCAGCUACUUUGGAUUUCCAUUCAACUUUUUCAACUUAUUUCGACAUUACAAAGAAUCAAAGCAAAGUCCUCAGGAAACAGACAUAGAGAGAAAUGUAAUAAACGAAGAGCAGAAAGAUGAGCAGAGAGUAGAGACGAAGGAUCCCCAUCAAAUCUCCUAUAUACGUGCCGUGUUGAUGGUGGCAUUAUUUGCCUACCUACACUUUGUUGCCUUUGUGGACCAGUAUAUAUUUGUGGCAAUUCUACCAGUUAUAAAACAAGACUAUCAUGUCGUCGGAUAUACAUCACAAUUUAUAACUUUAGGGUAUCUGGGCACUAGAGUGACCCUUUCACCAUUUAUAAGCUGUGCCACAUCUCGCUGUGAUCGUAAAAUGGUGACGUGCAUCGGACUAUUUUUCUAUACCCUUCUCUCCUUGGGAUGCACAUUUAUUCCCCAGCAGGGGUUCUGGCUCUUCAUGCUCACACGACUAUUUCUGGCUUCAAUGGCGGAAAGCUGCUUAAGUACGGUUCCUUUGGUGAUUGCCGAUCUAUUUUGUCCAGACCAGAGAACACGCGUACUAGGUUUUUACACCUGUACUAAAUCAGUUUGCUGUAUGCUUGCUUGCCUCUUUGGAACGCCCGUAGUUGAGUUGGCAUCUUUACACUGGCAUUAUGCACUAUGGACAACCCCAGGGCUUGGCCUGUUGGGUCUGGUGCUGGCAAUAAUAAUUAUGAAGGAUCCUCAACCAGAAGGAAUGGACGAAGUGGAGAAUGACAGUGAAGAUACUGAAUUAAGAUAUUCCUGUUUUUCGGACCUAAAGCAACUGCUGAGCAAUUGUAGCUUUCUCACCUACACAGCUGGAGCAUUAUGCUAUGUUUUUGUGUAUGGUGCAAAGAAUAGCUGGGCCCACAAAUUAGUUAAAAAAACCCGGCAAGAGCUACUUAUCGAGACACAGUGUUUGACCACAGGCUGCAACUAUGAUGACAAGUAA